AUGCAUCGAGCCGCACGUUCAUUGGCUGAUUGCCGACAACAAGUGUGGCUCAAUUGUACAGCAACCUUCUGCCGCAGUCGUCAUCAAUCCGCGACUUCAACUGCGAGUAACCUGGACGGCAACCUGCGAACCGUCUUCAUCGACAGUGAGUGUCUGAAGAAGGAAAACCGAUCACGACGUAGCCGAUCGUCACCGCAGUCACCAUUCCAGAUCCUCGACAACCACUACCAAAGUCGAUACGACGAUCGACGCAGGUCACCCUCACGUCGUCGACGUCGCAGCCAGCGAAGAACACGACGAUUCAGCAGUUCUUCGAGAAGCAGCUCCACCAGCAGCAGGAGUUCUGAACGAAGCCAAAGCUUUGAUGAUAGCGACGUUGAACCAGUUCAAGUGAUCAGGAUUAAUCCGCGUAGCGGGGCUGUUGUCACCAAGGCCGCGCGUAUGUUCGUCUUCGAUUCGAAAAGGUAUGAGAUUGAGACUGUUGGGGAGCACAGGGGUAGCCGGAGAGGAAAACGCGGACGUCGACAGUCAAAACGCGGUUCCAGGUGCAAUUCAAGGACAGCCUUCCUCGUCCAACUCGAUUCGGACUACGAGGAGUACUAA